AUCUGUUCGAUGUUUCUUCCCGCCAGAGUUCGGUAAGAUUCACUUAAGUCCCACUUACUGUUAACAGUUAGUAGUAGUACAAUUUAUGGAGCUCAACAUCUCAAUCCUUGGUACUCGCUGUAUGUUUUCUUGAACAAGAAAAUCAAAUGUUAUUACUAUCAUGGCUUGCCACAUUACACUUUCUGUUACAUCCUUAAAUGUUAGUAGCAAUGCCAAUUCUCAAGAUCCUUCUGUGUCUCACAAACUCCAGACUUGCAACUCAACCAAAGAAAUAAAAAAAAACCAAUCUUUAAUCAUUAAAAUUAGCUCCGUACAGCACCCUCGACAACUCCUUUACACUAAAAUCAUCUCUUUAUGUUCUUCCCCAAUACCCUCUAAGGAAUUUAGCUAUGUCCACUCUCUUUUCAGUCAAAUACAGGACAUAGAUAUCAAUCUUUUUAACUCCUUAAUGAGAUGUCUUUUAAGUUCUAAGUGCAAAGAAAAUGCUUUACUUGCAUUACUAAUGCAUGUUGAAAUGAUGUGUAAAGGCUUAGUUUUGGAUAAAUAUACGUACCCUCUUGUUCUUAACGCAUGUGUACAGUUACGUGAGCUCAGACAUGGCAGAUUGGUUCAUUCCCAUGUGAUAAAAACUGGGUUUGCGUUGGAUUUGUAUGUGAUGAACAAUUUGAUUCGUUUGUAUGGUGUUUGUGGGUGCGUUGGGAGUGUGAGGAAGGUGUUCGAUAGAAGUCCUGAGAGAGAUUUGGUAUCUUGGACUACUUUGAUUCAGGGGUAUGUGGACAACGGGUAUUUGAAGGAAGGAGUUGAGUUGUUCUUUGAAAUGAUUGAAGAUGGAUUAAGGGCUGACGAAAGGAUGAUGGUCGUUGUGAUAUCCUCUUGUGCUAAAUUAGAGGAUCUGAGAUUGGGCCAGAAGUUACACAAAUAUGUGCAGAGUCAUAAGUUAAAUUUUGAUGUGUUUAUUGGGAAUGCAUUGAUGGAUAUGUACUUAAAAUGUGGUGAAACCGAUAUUGCUCUUAAUGUUUUCCGAGAGAUGCCAACGAGAAAUGUGAUCUCUUGGAAUACAUUAAUAUCUGGAUUGGCUCAGAGAAGGGAGUUUAAACAGGCCUUGAAUGCAUUUAAUGAAAUGCAGGAUCAAGGAGUAAAGCCUGAUAAGAAUACUUUAGUUGGUGUUCUUAAUUCCUGCAGCAAUUUAGGGGCACUAGAAGUUGGGAAAUGGGUGCACACAUAUAUAGACCGAAAUCAGAUACAAGUAGCAGGGUAUGUUGGCAAUGCGCUUGUAGAUAUGUAUGCAAAAUGUGGAAGCAUGGACGACGCCCUUAGAGUUUUCGGAAGUAUGAAUUCUAAAGAUGUUUAUUCAUACACAUCUGUGAUAGUUGGGUUGGCCACACAUGGUAAGGCGCGGAUAGCACUUAAUUUCUUCUAUAAGAUGCUCGAAAUUGGCAUACAACCAAAUGGGGUCACGUUCGUGGGUGUUCUCACAGCUUGUAGUCAUGGAGGAUUGAUUGAAGAGGGCCAUAAGCUUUUUGCAGAUAUGUGGAGAGUGCACAAAUUAAAACCUCAAAUAGAACACUAUGGUUGCAUGGUUGAUCUGUUGAGUCGUGCAGGGUUGACAGAUGAAGCAGUAGAGUUCGUGAAAAACAUGCCAAUUGAACCUGAUGCUUCUAUUUGGGGAUCAGUAUUAGCAGCAUGCAGGAUCCAAGGAAGAGUUGAACUCGCUGAGCAUGUGACUGAAAAACUUGUCAAUAUAGAGUCUGAAAAAGACGGUACAUACAUACUGAUGUCAAACACAUAUGCUUCAGUCAGUAAAUGGAGAGACGCUUUAAAAGUAAGAAGGGCAAUGAAGAGACAGAAAAUAAAGAAAGUUCCUGGAUGUAGCUUAAUUGAACUUGAUGGUGUGGUUUCUGAAUUUAAGAAGGGUGACAAAGCGCAUCCAAGAAGUAAAGACAUAUAUGCGAUGGUUGAGCAACUGACACUUCAUUCAAUUGGUACAGAGACCUUCUCAAACGGAAGUGAGCCCCUCAUAGUUUGAAUGGUGCAAUGAAAUUGGCAGCCUAAUCUGGAAAUGAAAUUUGUCAAGUUGACCUCAGAUAUCACUUCUCGACUUAAAUGGCAUGAAUUAUUUAGAAGCUCUGCCUUUUCUCCUGAUAAGGUUUGGAACGAUUUCUUUUGCACCAAACAUUUUAGUAUAGUGAAGUAUAUUACACACGGAUCGUGCACAAUUCGUUACAAGAAACUUUAAGACAUCAUUUGUCUGAUUGUUGUUGGGAUGCAUUUUUGCACGCCAAACAUUACAUAUAUAAGUAAAAGAAAUAUGUAAUAUGCAGUUGAGCAGCUGAUCCAAUCAAUUGCUACUUACCUUUCUAAGCAUUAUGGUUUGAAAUCCAAGAAUAGUCUGUUAAAAGGUACUAGAUCUUACAUGGUUGAGAAAUCGAAGAACUGGGAUAACCCUGGGAAACAAAAGUUCAAGUUUCAGUAGAGGUAACACUAAGGAAAUUCUUCCCAUUUAUCUGAGCUUUGGAGAGCAAAAUUACCGAGCAUUUACGAUGUUGGAAAAUAACAGGUAUUUGGUGGAUGAUUGGAAACAAAAAAGGAAAAAAGAUCUUGCCUAUUUUAGAGAAAGUGAUGAUAAUGUUUAUCAGCUUAAACUGUGGAGGUUAAUUUGGUUGCUCUGGCUCAGAACCAAACAAGGAAUUUUAUGUAUUUCGGCGGGAACUCAGUGUCACGCUCAAAUUUUGUUACUACAAAAGUACAAUUCAACCUUUUAGUUUCGAAUUACAAUCUGUAUGUAUUCUUUCCCUUAUGCCGUAGGUUAAUCACAUAAGCUUUCAAAAGUAGCGCUUUUCUGAAUUCGGCGGUUUUGAUGU